UAGAAGAGCAAGGGGUGUUGAGAAUGGCGAGCAAGCGGCUCGCAUGGCAGCUUGGAUUAAUUAGGAGAAAGUCAAUUGCAUCAGCAAAUGGGAAUCUAGGAAGAAGCAAAUCCAAGCAGUUGUUUGACUACUAAAUUUUCAUUGAUUUUGAAUCGACAUACUGGAAUGAUGGGAAACGCCACCAUAGCCAGGAAAUAAUUGAAUUUCCUGCAGUGUUGCUGAACACAUCAACAGGACAGAUUGAAUGUGAGUUCCAUGCUUAUGUUCAACCUCAGGAACAUCCAGUUCUUUCAGCAUUUUGCAUGGAAUUGACAGGCAUAAAGCAGGCUCAAGUUGAUGACGGAGUGCCUCUGAAGAUUUGCUUAUCUCAGUUCUGUAAAUGGAUUCAUAAGAUUCGGCAACAGAAGAACCUAACUUUUGCUGCUGGGGUUUCAGAGCCUUCUACUUCUGAACUUUUCUAUAGGAGAAAACCAAAAGGACUAAGUGGUGCCUUGCAGGAAGUGGGAAUAGAAUUCUCAGGACGAGAACGUUCUGGGUUGGACGAUUCUCGGAAUACUGCCCUUCUUGCUUGGAAAAUGAUCAGGGAUGGCUGUCUAAGGAAAAUUACAAGGUCAUUGAACAAGGUUCCCACUCAGAAGAAUUCCAGCAUUCUGGUCAGAAAUUUGAAUACAAAUCAAGUUGAAGAAAUGUCAGCCUGUAACAGCAUCCAGGGUCCUAGCAUAUAUAAUAAGGAGCCUAAAAAUACAAUAAAUUCUCAUGAAAAAUUUCAAAUGAAGUCAAUUUGUGCAAACUUUCCUAUAAAGGCACAGAAGGAUCAAUUACAAGUAAAGAACAAUAUAAAAACAGGUCUUCACAAAGUCAAAAGUUGCUUGUCUAUUAUUAAGUCUAAGUCCUCUACUUCUCUGGGGCAUUUGCAGUCUCCUACCUUGAAUUCACCUAUCUAUAUCCAAAAGCAAGGAAAAAAUGAUCAUCUUGCAUUUAAUACCAAAUCUAAGUCUUCAACAGUUGGAUCAGAAUUGGUACUUGUUUCUACCACCAUUCCAACUGUUAAUCAUGUUUCUGAUACAGAAAUGAGCUCUACCCUUGGCUGUUUACCUAUCUUGGCUGAUUGGGAGGAUGUGGUUUUACUGCCAGCAUCUCAGCCUGAGAAAAACAUAGACUAUACACUUCCCAUUAGUGAUUCAGACUUAGAGAUCUCAUUUAAUUCUGGAGAAAGAUUAAUGGUUCUGAAAGAAUCAGAAAUGCCAAGUCAUGAAAACUUGGGAGACAUACAGGAAACUCUUCAAAAAUCUGAGACUUCUAAGUCUAUUGUAUACAAGAGUCCUCACACUACCAUUUAUAAUGUAAAAGAAGCCAAAGAUCCAGGUUCAUAUGUUUCUGCCUUUAAGUUACUUGAACACAAAUCAAGUACCUGCAACAGAGUUAAUGCCGAUAUGUCUCAUCCUUUAGUUUUGGGGAAACAUCCUCUUCUUCCAGGUGGUACCAAAAGGAAUCCAUACAGUCCUCAAGCUUUUCCACCAGCAAAAAAACAACUGUUCACUAUUCAUGAAGAAAAGCCUACGUCAUCUGAUUGCUCUCCAGUAAGAAGUUCUUCCCGGAAGCUUUCCCCAUCUGUAUUACCUUCUAUAGUUAACCUACAAGAGCCUUGGAAGAGUGGGAAAAUGACACCUCCCUUAUGCAAGUGUGGGCGAGGGUCUAGGAGACUUGUUGUUUCUAAUAAUGGACCGAACCAUGGAAAAGUCUUCUAUUGUUGCCCUAUUGGGAAGUACCAAGAAAACAGAAAAUGUUGUGGUUAUUUCAAAUGGGAACUUCAAAAGGAAAGAGCCAACAGCAUAGUUCCAUUUCAUUCCACAGGGGGACUCACUUUUAAUUCUCCAGAAACAAGCCAUCUUUGUGACCGAAAUUUAAGUAUUUCCACCAAAAAUUCCUUGAGACUCAGGCCUUCAAUGAGGAAUUGAUAAUCUUUCAUGUAUGAAUUCUAAUUGUUUUUUGAAUUUCCAAACAUGAGUAUUCUGAUAACAUCUUACACUAUUUUAUAUAUUAAUGUUUACUGAAUUCAUCAUACUUUCUUCAGGAACCACAAAUGUCAUCUUUUGUUAAGAGUAUUUAUUAGAUUACAUAUAAUAAGCAACAAUAGUAUAUGAUCUUUCUUUUAAAGUUAGACCUUGAAGCAAGUCUUAAACUAUUUUUAAAUUAUGUGCACAAAAAUGUGACUAAUAAAAAUCCCUGGUCUAUUUUCAGUUAGAUACAUGUACUUUGAGAAUUAUAAUAAUCUUCUAACUGGUAUUUUGUAUUUUUCUAAAAACUUUUAUAAGUUCUUUAGUUUUAUUUCACAGCUUGAACAUUGAUUCUGAUUUGUAUAUCAGCAUAUCAGAAGAAUUAGUCAACUAAAGUUUGAAAACCUAUGUAGCAGAGAUUUGGUUCAGAAACUGCUUCUAUACUAUACAUUUAAAAAUUGAUCAAUAAUUGUUGACAUUCUUUUUAUAUUAAGAAAUGACGGGAACAUUGACAGUAAUGCAGAGGAAUUUACCAAACAUUUUAUUUCUAAAUUUAGCCUCUGAUAUCAUAACCACAAGAUAUUUUAAAUCAACAGUUUCUGAGCAUACUACUACAGUUUUUAUCACCUCUGCAUCAUCUUGUGGUUUCUAGAGAUUGACAGAUAAUAUGUUUGUUUUAUAGAUAUGGUAGUUAAUGAAACACAUUUAAAUUGUUUUCCAUUCUUUCUUCCUCAGUUCAUUUCUUUUUGUCUUCCCACUGAUAGUCUUUGGCAGCUCUUGAAUAAAUUCUACCUGUUGGCAUCAA